CGCGGGGCUCCGCGCUCGCCUGCCGCCCCGGCCCGGCGCCUCCGCAGGGCCGACGGGGAGGAUGCGGCUGAGCCGCGUGUGCUGCGUGCUCUACCAGCUGUGCGUGCUGUCCAGCGGGCUGGCCGCAGGUCUCCAUGCUUCCGAAGACUCUGAGGAGUGGGAGAUCGUCUUCCCCGCGCUGUGGAGACGGGGCCAGCAGGAGCCGGCUGGUGGAAGUGGCGGUGGAGGCAGCUGCAGCGCUGACCCCAGCUGUGGGAACCGGAGCAGCACCCCCAGCGCCCCCGUCACCCCCAGCCCGGUGGCAGGCAGUUCCCGGGAAGUGCGCUCGGUGUCCUCCUCGGUGGAAGGGCAGGCGCAGGUGGUGGGGGAGGCAGCAGAGGAGGAGGACGCGGAGGAUGAGUAUGAGUCGCAGGAGUUCUACCACUGGUCUCCCCUGCCCCAGGGGUCCGGUGCUGCCUCGCAGUUGCCACCGCCACCUUCCCCCCCGCCGCCCCCUCCGUCUGAAGAUGGAGAGGAGGUGCUGCUGAGGAUCCCGGCUUUUGCCCGGGAGCUCUACCUGCUGCUCAAGAGGGACAGCCGCUUCCUGGCACCUGGCUUUGCCGUGGAGGAGCGGCUCAGGGGCGAGGGGAAAAGCCCACCUGGUGCUGCACAACCUCAGCCUGAGAGAGCUUGUUACUACAGUGGUGCUGUUCUCCGCUACCCGGGCUCCUUUGCCUCCUUCAGUACCUGUGGUGGAUUGAUGGGGUUUAUACAGAUUAAUGAGGACUUCAUAUUUAUUGAGCCACUCAAUCGCACUUUGGCUGUGACAGGUCAUGCACACAGGGUGUACAGACGAAAAAGGUCCGUAGAGGAGAAAAUUACUGAAAAGCCAGCUUCUCAAAAUCAGUACUGUGGUGUUGUUACAGAUAAAAGAAAAUCCAAGAAUCAAAAAAUAUCAGAGAGUGGAAGAGGAAAAAGAUACUCUUACAAAUUACCUCAAGAGUACAAUAUAGAAACUGUUGUGGUUGCAGAUCCAGCUAUGGUUUCGUAUCAUGGAACAGAUGCUGCCAGACGAUUUAUUCUAACUAUCUUAAACAUGGUUUUUAACCUUUUCCAGCACAAGAGCCUUGGACUGCAAGUGAAUCUUCGGGUGACUAAGCUUGUCCUGCUUCAUGAGACGCCAGCAGAUAUGUAUAUUGGACAUCAUGGGGAAAAAAUGCUGGAAAGCUUUUGUAAAUGGCAACAUGAAGAGUUUGGCAAGAAGAAUGAUAUACACUUAGAAAUGUCAACCAGCUGGGGAGAGGACAUGUCUUCAGUUGAUGCAGCUAUACUUAUCACAAGGAAGGAUUUCUGUGUACAUAAAGACGAACCGUGUGAUACUGUUGGUAUAGCAUAUUUGAGUGGAAUGUGCAGUGAAAAACGAAAAUGUAUUAUUGCAGAGGACAAUGGUCUGAAUCUUGCUUUUACCAUUGCCCAUGAAAUGGGUCACAACAUGGGAAUAAAUCACGACAAUGACCACCCAUCCUGUGCAGAUGGUCUGCAUAUCAUGUCUGGAGAAUGGAUUAAAGGACAGAACCUUGGUGAUGUUUCCUGGUCCCGGUGCAGCAGGGAAGAUCUGGAGAGAUUUCUGAGGUCAAAGGCCAGUAACUGUCUGCUGCAGACGAAUCCUCAGAGCCUCAAUUCUGUGAUUAUUCCCUCCAAGCUGCCGGGGAUGACGUACACUGCAGACGAACAGUGUCAGAUUCUUUUUGGGCCAACUGCUUCCUUUUGCCAAGAAAUGCAGCAUGUCAUUUGCACUGGCUUGUGGUGUAAAGUGGAAAGUGAGAAAGAAUGCAAAACUAAACUGGAUCCCCCAAUGGAUGGGACAGACUGUGACACCGGAAAGUGGUGUAAGGCUGGCGAGUGUAUCAAUCGGACCUCUUUUGCGGAGCACAUGGAGGGGGAGUGGAGCGCGUGGAGCACUUGCAGCCGAACUUGCAACACUGGAGUCAGCAGUCGACAGCGCAAAUGCCCUGGUCCAGGCCUUGAAGUAGAGUGUCACGGUCCCACAGUACAGUACAGGAUAUGUGAAAACCCUUCUUGUCCUGCUGGCAUGCCUGCCUUCAGGGACUGGCAGUGCCAGGCUUUCAGUGUCAGAUCUUCCUAUCAGAAGCACGUGCAGCAGUGGCAGGCUGUCAUUGAUGAUGAAAAGCCGUGUGCCUUAUUCUGUUCUCCGACUGGAAAGGAUCAACCCGUUCUCCUAACAGAAAAGGUGAUGGAUGGGACUUCUUGUGGUCAGCAUGGGUUAGAUAUCUGUGCGAAUGGUAGAUGCCAGAAAUUUGGCUGUGAUGGCAUAUUAGGAUCUCUGGCUCGUGAAGAUCACUGUGGUGUGUGCAAUGGGAAUGGAAAGUCGUGCAAAGUUAUUAAAGGAGAUUUUAACCAUACCAGAGGAGCAGGUUAUGUGGAAGCUUUGGUGAUACCUGCAGGAGCAAGGAGGAUCAAAGUUGUGGAAGAAAAACCUGCUCACAGUUAUUUAGCUCUUCGAGAUGCUGGAAAACAGUCAAUCAAUAGUGACUGGAAAAUAGAGCAUUCAGGAACGUUCAAUAUUGCUGGGACCACUGUCCAUUAUGUUCGGAGAGGUCUUUGGGAGAAGAUAUCUGCUAAAGGUCCCACAACAUCACCUUUACAUUUAUUGGUGCUACUUUUCCAUGACCAGAGUUAUGGCCUACACUAUGAAUACACAAUCCCACUGGAUCCUCUUCCUGAGAAUCAGAGCUCUAAAGUACCCGAACCUCUUUUCAUGUGGACUCAUUCUGGCUGGGAGGACUGUGAUGCUGUAUGCGGAGGAGGUGAAAGAAAAACAACAGUGUCUUGCACAAAGAUUAUGAACAAGAAUAUCAGUCUGGUCGACAAUAAAAAGUGCAAAUAUUUAACAAAACCUGAACCACAGAUCCGAAAGUGCAAUGAGCAGCCAUGCCAGACCAGAUGGAUGAUGACAGAAUGGACUCCGUGUUCGAGAACAUGUGGCAAAGGGACCCAGAACAGACAAGUAGCCUGCACACAGCAGCUGAGAAACGGCACCCUGAUCAGAGCUCGGGAGAGAGACUGCCUGGGGCCAAAGCCCGCUUCUGCGCAGCGCUGCGAAGGCCAGGACUGCAUGACAGUGUGGGAAGCGGGAGUCUGGUCUGAGUGCUCUGUAAAGUGCGGUAAGGGAGUACGGCAUCGGACUGUGAGGUGCACCAAUCCCCGCAAGAAAUGUGUUUUGUCCACAAGACCUAAAGAAGCAGAAGACUGCGAGGACUAUUCCAAAUGCUACGUCUGGAGAAUGGGAGACUGGUCUAAGUGCUCUGUUACCUGUGGCAAAGGAAUGCAGUCCCGAGUCAUCCAGUGCAUGCACAAGAUCACAGGAAGGCACGGCAACGAAUGUUUUUCCUCUGAAAAGCCUGCAGCCUACAGACCCUGUCAUCUUCAGCCCUGCAAUGAGAAAAUCAAUGUUAACACAAUAACAUCACCCAGGUUAGCUGCUUUAACCUUCAAGUGCCUGGGAGACCAGUGGCCUGUGUACUGCAGGGUGAUACGAGAGAAGAACCUCUGUCAAGACAUGAGGUGGUAUCAGCGUUGCUGUGAGACAUGCAGGGACUUUUAUGCGCAAAAAAUGCAACAAAAGAGUUGACCUUGGUCAGGCUGGCUGGCUGGCUCUCAGCUCUUUGCAAUCUUAUUAUUUAUAAACACAUAAACACAUAAACACAUAAACACACACACACACACACACACAUACAGACACACACACACACACACACACACACACACACACACACACACAUGCUUCUUCAGACCAAAUAUUAUCAGAUUACAUAUAAUUUAAUCAAAUUAAUUUAUUUUUGCCUGCCAGACAUCCUUUAUUGUUUUGGUUAGACAUCCUACUUGUUUUAUCCUCUGAGGUUUUCAUAAUUAAUUUUUAUAUGAACAAUUUUGGAUACAUUUAUCAGAAUUAAAAAAAUAAUAAUAAUUAGUAUUUUAAAUGUUUAUUUUCAGUAGGGGUCGUCUCUCUGUUGCCAAAAAAAGCCAUCAUGUUAUCUUGAAUUUAUUUUAAUUUAGCUGAAUAGUUUUGCUGUAUAUGGAAAUAAAGCCCUUUUUAAUUUUAUUAUAUUUUUGGCAUUCAGAGUCAGAAUGAUCUUGCGUAUUUUGCAACAGAUGUUGAGGUGAGUAAGCUAACAUUAUUGAACAGGUUAUUACAGAAUGUAUUGUGAAAUCAGUUCAUUUGAUUUAGAAACAUACUGUAGGAGAGAAUCUACUGUAACUUGUAACCUAUUAUAAACAGGAAAAUCAAAAUAGCUAAGUAGGGAUUUUGAUCAUUCUCAUGGACACAUACUUGAACACAAGUAUUGAAUCAAUGAAACACUGUAGAGAUUUACACUGAAUCACUGUUGCACUGUUCGAGGUAGUGUAGAGAAAUGCAGUCCUAGAACUUGUACCAUCCUAUGAAACCACGUAUGUACUGUUUUAACAUGUCACUUGAUUUUAAACGUUUUGAAAGAAAAGACCCAUGCCCCUCUAUACCUUUGUGUGUCCUUUUGCAGUUUUACAAACGAGGAGUCCUUCCUCCUGCCACUUGUAUGAGUUAAUCUGUUAAACAUUUUCAGUUCUCUGUUGAUGACUUAGAAAAUAGCUUUGUAAUACUACUUUAGUUUUAUCUUUGUUUUAUGAAAAAGUCUUUAUAAAAAUAAAAUGUUUUACAGUUUUGUGAAACGUUAUGAAACAGCUAAAAUUUUCCUUAUGAGAAAAUACUGUACAUGAUUCACAUGAUUUUUACAUUUUCAAUAAAAAGUAAAGCUUC